AGAUGCGGAAGGGUUUUGGUUCCGGUGGAAGAAUUGCAAUAGCAACAAAAUAAAUAGACCGAGUAACGUCUGAAGCUUGCUGUUUGCAAAUGCUGAGUCCAGUAAGCUUUGAAGAUGUGGCUGUGUACUUCACAGAAGGCCAGGGAGCCUUGUUGGAUCCAAACCAAAGAGCCUUGUAUAGGGAAGUCAUGAUGGAGACUUAUGAGAACAUGGCCUCAUUAGGGUUCCUGUUCAUCAAACCUGCUCUCAUCUCCCAGCUGGAGCAGGGAGAAGAGCUAUGGGUGCCAGAGUUGCAGGACUUGGAAGCUGCAGAGGUCUUGGACACCUCAGGAGAAGGAUCAAGAUGAGUACUGGAAAAGAUGCUUGGGCCCCAUUGGUGGAAAGUGCUUAAAUCAGGAAUUGAACCUUACUGGGCACCAGGAACUCUACACGGCAGAAGAACCUUAUGAAAUCAUAGAGUGCAGAAUGUGUUUGGCUGAGUGGCUCUCAUUCCUUAAUCACCAGAAGGUCCAUAGAGGAGAGAAGCCCUAUAAGUGUGUGGAAUGCUGAAAAAGCUUCCUUUGCCUUUCGGUCCUUGUGAACUAUCGGAGAGUUGACACAGAGGAGAAGCCCUAUUCAUGCCCAGAGUGUGGGAAAUGUUUUGCUCAACAUUCAUACCUUGUGACCCACCAGAGAUUCCACACAGGAGAGCAGCCAUGUGAAUGCUUAGGGUGUAGGAAAUGCUUUACUCAACAACCCCAGCUCAUGGCCUGUGAAAGAAUCCAUACAGGAGAAGAUAAAACCUGAUGACCAACCGGAGAGUUCCCACAGGAGAGAAACCCUACAAACGCCCCCAGUGGGAGAGAUAUUUUACUCGGCACACAAGCUUCGCUAACCCACGAGAGCGUCCACACAGGACAGAAGCCCUAUAAAUGCUCCGAGUGUGGGAAAUGUUUUACUCAGCUGUCAUACUCCUUCUAAGCUGUGGAGUCUUGUGAGCAAAAAUUCUACUUUGUACGUUACUGGCAUUCAAGUCGUGAACUACUACGUAAAUUAGUUUUGCUCUGGGGCCUUUUUUUCAGAGCGAAGACAAAAAUGUGCAAGCCAGAAGCUAAAAAACUGUGAGCCAGCUCACACUAACUCUUAAGUAAUGCUGCUUAUGACCCAUCGAAGACGUCACACAGAAGAGAAACUUUACCAGUGCUCAGACUGUGAGAAGUGUUUUGCUGACAACUUAAACUUUGAACAAGAUGAGAAGGAUCCACGUUGAAGAGAAUGCUAUUGGAUAUGAGAAAUGUUUUACAUGCCAGUCUUAUCUUCUGAUUCAAGAGAUCAUCCUCACAGGAAAGAAACCGUAUUGAUGCCCCAAGUGUGGGAAAUGCUUUGUGAAUCUCUCAGGCUUUUCAAAGCACAAGCAAGUGCACUCAGGAGAGAAACUGUAUAAACGUUUGGAGUGUGGGAAAUGUUUUGGUCAGCAGUCACAUUUUGUGACCCACCACCGAAUUCACUCUGGAGAGAAGCCCUACCAGUGCCCAAAGUGUGGGAAAUGUCUUACUGACUUCUCUGGCCGUGUGCAAUACAAGAGGCUUUGCAAGGGAGAGAAUUCCUAGAAAUGUUAAAAGGGGUGGGUACAUUUUUGUUCACAGCUCAGGUCUUGGGUCUACUGGAGUGGAGUCUUUAAUUAUUUUAAAUUUAAAAAAGCAAACUAAUGACAUUUUCUGUUAACAGCUCAAUUUUUUAGCAAUUUCUUCGCGCAGACGAAAAAUUGGUUCCUCAUCAGUGAUACAUUUCUGCAUUGCAGUUCCAUAAAAAAGUGUGAAAUUUUCUUUGGUUGCCAUUCUUCGCAAUUCAUUUCUGCCAACUUUCGACAACAGUCAUUCUAUACUGUGUGACAUCUCAUAUGCUAGAAUCAUUAUUGUAGGUUUGGGGCCCAUGAAAAUCACUCUAUCUGUGAUUACUUGGUUUCUUGAGGGCCUAGCAUAGGGAUGCAACCCAGUUUUUUUCCCUCACUCAUCCAAAGGUGCCACCAUUUUAUUGUUAUGCUCCCCUUGCUGCCAAACCACCUGGCUGAGCCACUCUCUAAUAAUACCCAGCAGUCCCCUAGCAGCCUGUGGAUCUUCCACCUGUGAAGUUCCUCAUGUAUCAUGAAAGAAUGAACAAAGGUUAUUUUUUAAUGGAAGCAAGUUUUUCUUGUUUACUUUACCCUACUCUUUGGGUCAUUUUGAGGUAAUUUUAUUCUACCCUGAUACCGGUCUCCUCCCCAAGAAUAUUGGAUAUUUUUUUUUCCUUUAUCCUAACGUAAUUUGAAGAAAGUUCUGUUCAGCUCACCAGGAAAGCAUUUAAUUUAGGAGCCAAGCCAUUCAGAGAUACUACUCAGGAAAGGAAUUAUGUAUAUGUACAGAAAUGCUUUGUUUGAAAGGAAACUCAGUUUCCAUUGAAAAAAUUCAUAAGCAAGUGAUACAGAUUUUUAAUUUGGCUCCUGUGACAUAGCAAAUGUGUUUGUUUAUCCAGUGAUUAGUAUUUCAAUUAAUAAUGUUUAUUUCAGGGUCCUUGGUAUUUUUCAUUUCCCUGUAGUUUUCUUUGCUCAAGUGUUUUAGUUUUCUUUACUCAGCUGUUUUGUCACUGUAACUUGUUGACAUCUUCUGAAAACCCACCUUUCCCACAAAGCCUCUGGCUUGGAUGAACCCUUUUGUCCCCAUCCUUGAAAUGAAAUCACCACUUCAAACAGA